UAAAAAAUAGUAUAAACCCAAAAAAGACACCCAAAACCCCUCUCUACCAUUCACUCGGUCUCACAACGUUCCUCAGCAUCUCAGUGUUCUACCGGCAAAGGGACACCAUUGUUGUCUUUCUCCUCUGUCUUCAAGGUGUUUUAGCACACUAUAGGUGAUUAUCGUAAUUGCAAUGGCCUCUUCAUCCUCGCUUAACAUGUGCUCAUCGAAUGGAGUGAUGGGUACUUGUAAUGUGAGCAAAUCUCAAAAGUUUUCUAUGAACUGUUUCCGGAAUUUUAGCCAAAAUUUGGUUACUGGGAUGCCAAUAUGUUCAUCUUCUGAAUUCGCCCCGUUAAGGUGUUCUCUAGGCGUGAAACCUUUCAAAUGGGAAUCCAAUAGGGAAACCCUAACCAAAUUUGGAGUUCCUUGCAAUGUCAUUGGUGUUAAGAACUCAAAUUCUUUCUCAAUUGGUCAGAAAUUUGAACUUAACGAUGUGCUUGAAGCUCAACAGUUUGAUAGAGACACACUUAGUGCCAUAUUUGAAGUAGCACGGGAGAUGGAGUUGAUUGAGAAGAACUCGCCAGGAAGCCAGAUUUUGAAGGGAUACUUAAUGGCCACUUUGUUCUAUGAGCCUUCUACAAGAACUAGGCUUUCUUUUGAAUCUGCUAUGAAAAGAUUAGGUGGGGAGGUUUUGACUACUGAGAAUGCAAGAGAGUUUUCAUCAGCAGCUAAAGGAGAGACACUUGAGGACACUAUUAGAACAGUUGAAGGUUACUCGGAUAUAAUUGUGAUGAGGCACUUUGAAAGUGGUGCUGCCAAAAGAGCUGCGGCAACUGCUGAAAUUCCUAUCAUAAACGCUGGAGAUGGUCCAGGACAGCAUCCAACUCAGGCUCUUUUAGAUGUAUACACCAUUGAACGAGAGGUGGGAAAGUUAGAUGGCAUUAGUGUUGCAUUGGUUGGAGAUCUUGCUUAUGGAAGAACUGUCCGUUCACUAGCAUAUCUCCUUGCCAAGUAUCGUGAUGUCAAGAUUUAUUUUGUUGCGCCGGACGUGGUGAGAAUGAAGGACGAUAUUAAGGAGUAUCUGACCUCACAGAACGUUCAAUGGGAAGAAAGUGCGGACUUAAUGGAAGUAGCUUCUAAAUGUGACAUAGUGUAUCAGACUCGUAUUCAGAAAGAGCGUUUUGGGGAAAGAAUCGAUCUUUACGAAGCAGCAAGAGGGAAAUACAUAGUAAAUCGAAGUGUGUUAAACGUGAUGCAGAAGCAUGCAGUAAUCAUGCAUCCUCUUCCACGGCUAGAUGAGAUUACUGUAGAUGUGGAUGAAGAUCCCAGGGCAGCCUACUUCAGACAAGCGAAGAAUGGGCUUUACAUUCGUAUGGCUUUGUUGAAGCUUUUGCUUCUUGGAUGGUAGAUUAGGGUUUUGAGAUUUUGUAGUUAACCUAAAAUCUUGGUCGAGUAGGAACAGUUUAAGAUCAAGAUGGCUAGUGUUCUUUUGCGAAUAUGCAAGAAUGUCGUGUUUUUGGUGGAUAUGUUUCAAGUGAUGUUGGAACCUUUUACUUUUAAAAGCUUUUGGUAGUAGCUUGCCUGUGUUGAUUUAUAGUUAUUCGGAACGUCAUGCUGCGCUAAGCCAAGCACCAGACGGAUAUGUUCAGUUUUCCUGGGAAAUCUUAACCAUAUAUAGAUAUAGGCUCCAAUUCUGGGCUUAGAGCUAUAGAGAAAUCUUCGAUUCAUUUCAAGAAAUUAUGUUUCAGCUUUUCAUAAUUUUCUGUACUUGUAGAUUUUCAGGACAGUAAUAAUCUGCACAUAUGCCAUUUCAAGAAGUCUGCGAAGUAUUGAGAUUUGAGGCGCAUUCACUACUCUGCCUCAAUCUGACAACUGCGCACGUUCUCAAUAUAAACUUACUCUGUUAGUUCCACUUAGAGUAGUUUAAACUUGAUUUGUUGGGUGUGAAUUGAAAUGAGUAGAAUAGAAU